AUGUCGCCCACACAUGCCAGCAAGCCGAGUGUGGCGACAUCAGUCGAUACAUAUCUCAGUAAUGACACCACCGGAGAUUGGAAGCGGUAUUCUGCCAAUGUGGACCUGGAGGCCCAGCAGCCCCCCAGGAAGUGUUUUGCCUCCCUACGGUAUCUGCUGCUCACCAUCUAUCGCCGCUUGUUUACCCUCAUCUAUUGUGGCAAUGCGGUCGCAUUCGUGAUUGUGAUGGUGCAGAGCCGAGAGAAGCUGCUGGCAUUCGUCAACGCAGCUGCCGUGAAUUUACUCAUAUGCGGUCUGGCGCGACACCCCAUGGUCGUGAACAUGAUCUUUGUGAGCAUAUGUCGCAUCCCACAGUCGACUCCUCUCAUGCUGCGCAAGAUGGCCGCGAAAGCGUAUCAUUACGGCGGUGUACACAGUGGAUGUGGCGUGGCAUCGUUCCUGUGGUAUGUGGGCCUCGUGGCUUUAAUAUCGCGGGAAUAUUGGAUGUUGCCAGGCUCAGGGACAGUCUCCCUGCCGGUGGUGGUCCUCUCUUAUGUGUUGCUCGCGGAUCUGGUGGCGAUCAUUGUCGUUGCGCAUCCCACAUUCCGCACGAAAAUGCAUGACUAUUUCGAGCUGACGCACCGAUUCGGGGCAUGGCUGGCGGUCGCGCUGUUCCUGACUCUUCUGGUGGUCUUUUCUGACCAGGCCCGUCACGCAGAAGGCGUGAGCCUGGGACGAUACUUGAUCAAGCUUCCUGCGUUUUGGAUUGUGCUCGUUAUCGUCGCCACCAUUGUCCACCCGUGGCUGCUGCUGCGUCGAGUGAAGGUCUGGCCUGAAUAUCUAUCACCACAUGCGGCCCGACUGCACCUGGACCAUACGUCCACGGCAUUCGGCAAAGUCAUCGCGCUCUCCAAGCAUCCAUUGCGCACGUGGCAUAGCUUUGCAACCUUCCCGGAUCCCGAUGGCAAAAGCUUUUCAUGCAUCGUAUCGAAGGCAGGUGACUGGACCACUCGAUGCAUUGACCAGCAACCAACCUACCUAUGGAAGCGUGGAACACUGAUGUACGGCUUUAUCCAUGUGAUGCGGGUGUUCCGUAGGGUCGUCAUUGUCACCACAGGGUCCGGAAUAGGGCCCUGUCUCUCAUGGCUGAGUGAGAAGGAUCGGCCGCCGCUGCGAGUCCUCUGGCAGACACGAAAUCCAGGCCGGACAUAUGGCAAAGACGUGCUCAACCUCGUGCGCCAGCUGGACCCUAACCCGCUGAUCAUCGACACCAACAGCAGCGGGCGAGUGGACAUGGUGCCAAUGGCGCGAGAACUCGUCCGGGAAUUUGAUGCGGAGGCUGUCUGCGUCAUUAGCAACCCGGUGCUCACGAAGAAGGUCGUCUUCGAACUCGAGGCCAGUGGGGUGCCCGCUUUUGGGCCCAUCUUUGACUCCUGA